AUGUUUCGACUUGCGCACUCUAUUUUGAAAAAUUUCAAGGGUCCUCUGCGAAAAGCGUCGCUUUUCAAAAGCAUUUCAACUCAGACUUUAGCCAAGUAUAAUUGGGAAGACCCACUUUCUCUUGAAUCGCAACUGACUGAUGAAGAAAUUGCUAUUAGAAAUUCUGCGCGUCAAUAUUGUCAAGAAAAAUUAUUUCCAAGAAUUUUGGAAGCUUAUCGUCAAGAACGGUUUGACCGUGAAAUUGUUACAGAAAUGGGCGAAUUAGGUUUACUUGGUUCUACAAUUCAGGGAUACGGUUGUUCAGGCGUUUCUUCAGUAGCGUAUGGACUUAUUGCUCGUGAAGUGGAAAGAGUAGAUAGCGGUUACCGAUCUACAAUGAGUGUGCAAUCAUCGCUUGUCAUGCACCCUAUAUACGCUUUCGGUAGUGAAAAACAAAAGCAAAAUUAUUUACCUAGAUUAGCGAAGGGUGAAAUUGUUGGUGCUUUUGGGUUAACAGAGCCCGACCAUGGUUCUGAUAUUGGUGGUAUGAAAUCUUAUUCAAUUAAGAAAAAUGGUGUCUAUAUAUUACAUGGAUCGAAAACUUGGAUUACCAAUUCUCCAAUAGCGGAUAUAUUUAUUGUUUGGGCAAAGUCCAAAGAAGAUCAAAAAAUACGAGGGUUUAUUUUGGAAAAGGGUAUGAAAGGGCUAUCGACUCCACCAAUUAAAGGUAAAUUGUCGCUUAGAGCUUCUGCAACUGGAAUGAUCAUGAUGGAUAACGUAGAAGUUCCCGAAGAAAAUUUACUCCCAAAUGUGGAAGGUUUAAAGGGGCCUUUUAGUUGUCUCAACAAUGCACGUUUUGGAAUUGCAUGGGGUGUGCUCGGAGCUUCGGAAUUUUGUUUAGCUCAAGCUCGCGAGUAUGCCCUUAACCGAAAGCAAUUUGAUGUCCCAUUGGCAAGGUUUCAAUUAAUUCAGAAGAAAUUUGCCGAUGCAAAUACAGAGAUUGCUAUCGGUCUUCUGGCAUGUCUUCAAGUAGGACGAUUAAAAGAUUUGGGUAAAUACUCACCUGAAAUGAUUUCACUUGUGAAGCGCAAUUCUUGUGGAAAAGCCUUGGAAAUUGCACGUUCCAUGCGAGAUGUUCUAGGAGGUAAUGGAAUAAGCGAUGAAUAUCAUAUAAUUAGACAUGAACAAAAUUUAUGUACAACCAAUACUUAUGAAGGUACAUAUGAUAUUCAUUCCCUUAUAUUGGGCAGGGCUAUUACUGGCCUUCAAGCAUUCACAGCAUCUUAA